AUGGACAUUAUUUGGAUCGUGAUAUUACUGUUUGUAUUGCCGCUUUUGGCUAUGUUAGCAUGGUUUGCGCUCUCAUCUUGCCUGGGCGACGGACUUAGAAACCGAAUUCGAGGAGCCCGACGUAGCGGCCGGGGCUCAUACGGCCCAGAAUACUUGCGCACCAUGACAUUCACCGGCCCUGCAAUGUCCGAGCAGAUCGAACUAGACGACAUGUACCGCGAAGAACAAUACGAAGAAGAGCGAGCUCGAUAG